AUCAUUUGAGAUGCUUCCGUUGACUGGGAAAACAAUAAUAUUUGAUAGCUUUCCUGAUCCUUCAGAUACCUGGGAAAUAAUUGAAACUAUUGGCAAAGGAACAUAUGGAAAAGUUUUCAAGGUGUUAAAUAAGAAAAAUGGCAGCAAAGCAGCAGUCAAAAUUUUGGAUCCUGUUCACGAUAUUGAUGAAGAAAUUGAAGCUGAGUACAACAUUUUGAAAGCUCUCUCUGAUCAUCCCAAUGUAGUCAAAUUCUACGGCAUGUACUAUAAGAAAGAUGUGAAAAAUGGAGACCAGCUUUGGCUAGUUCUCGAGCUGUGCAAUGGUGGAUCUGUAACUGAUCUUGUGAAAGGAUUUCUGAAGAGAGGCGAAAGGAUGAAUGAACUUAUAAUUGCUUAUAUUUUACGUGAAGCUCUGAUGGGACUUCAGCAUUUGCAUGAAAACAAAACUAUCCACCGUGAUAUUAAGGGAAAUAAUAUCCUUUUGACCACUGAAGGAGGAGUAAAGCUUGUGGAUUUUGGUGUGUCUGCUCAGCUGACCAGCACUCGUCUCCGUCGGAACACUUCGGUGGGCACCCCGUUCUGGAUGGCUCCAGAGGUGAUUGCCUGUGAGCAGCAGCUAGAUAGCUCCUAUGAUGCCAGAUGUGAUGCAUGGUCACUGGGUAUUACUGCAAUAGAGUUGGGAGAUGGAGAUCCACCCCUUGCUGAUUUGCACCCUAUGAGGGCACUCUUCAAAAUACCGAGGAAUCCUCCUCCAACGCUACAGCAGCCUGAACUGUGGUCACCUGAAUUCAAUGACUUCAUUAACAAGUGCUUGACUAAAGAUUAUGAGAAGCGUCCGACAGUAUCUAGUCUUUUGCAGCAUGAUUUUAUUAAGCAAAUUGAAGGAAAAGAAAACGUGCUACAAAGGCAACUCAUGGAAUUUAUUGAUGUUCAUCAACAAAUGGGAGUCACUGAAAAGGCAAGAUUUGAACGUAUUCAUACAAAGAAGGGGAACUACAGUAAGUCACUAGUUUCAAACCAGGAAGAGGUAGAUGAUUUAGCAACCUUGGAGGUACUGGAUGAGAAUACAGUAACAGAACAGUUGCAGAAGGGUUAUGCCAAGGAUCAAAUCUACACAUAUGUUGGGGACAUUCUCAUCGCUGUCAAUCCGUUUCGGAACAUAGACAUUUAUUCUUCACAGCAUUCUAAACUGUAUAUUGGAGCCAAACGGACUGCCAACCCUCCUCAUAUUUUUGCUGUUGCUGACAUAGGUUAUCAGUCCAUGGUGACAUACAACUCUGAUCAGUGUAUCGUUAUUUCUGGAGAAAGUGGAGCUGGCAAGACGCAAAGUGCCCAUCUUCUGGUUCAGCAUCUCACUGUCCUGGGCAAGGCUAAUAACAGGACUCUACAGGAGAAGAUCCUCCAGGUGAAUAACCUCGUAGAAGCAUUUGGGAAUGCAGGCACUAUCAUCAAUGAUAACUCCAGCAGAUUUGGAAAAUAUUUGGAAAUGAAAUUCACUUGUGGUGGCACUGUAGUAGGAGCUCAGAUUUCAGAGUAUCUCCUUGAAAAAUCCAGAGUUGUCCACCAGGCAGUAGGAGAGAAAAAUUUCCAUAUUUUUUAUUAUAUUUAUGCUGGUCUGGCGGAAAAGAAAAAACUGGCACAUUAUAAACUGCCAGAAUAUAGACCUCCCAGAUAUCUGCAAAAUGACCAUUUCAGAAUAGUGCAAGAUUUCAUGAACAAUAGCUUUUAUAAGUCUCAGUUUGAAUUAAUUGAACAGUGCUUCAAAGUCAUAGGUUUUACACUGGAGGAACUUGGAAGUGUGUACAGUGUCCUGGCUGCCAUUUUAAAUGUGGGUAACAUUGAAUUUUCUGCAGUGGUAUCUGAACAUAUGAUUGACAAGAGCAACAUUUCCAAUCCAGUAGCCCUUGAGAAUUGUGCAUCCUUGCUGUGUAUUCAGGCAGAUGAAUUGCAAGAGGCCCUCACCUCUCACUGUGUAGUGACUCGAGGAGAAACAAUUAUUCGUCCCAACACUGUGGAAAAAGCCACUGAUGUCAGAGAUGCCAUGGCCAAAGCACUGUACGGGCGCCUCUUUAGCUGGAUAGUUAAUCGCAUCAACACUUUACUCAAACCUGACAAACAUUUAAGUGGAAACGAUGAUGGUUUGAACAUUGGAAUUCUUGAUAUCUUUGGCUUUGAGAAUUUCAAAAAAAAUUCUUUUGAACAACUCUGUAUCAACAUUGCCAAUGAACAAAUUCAGUUCUACUUCAAUCAACAUGUCUUUGCCUGGGAACAGAAUGAAUACCUAUACGAAGGUGUUGAUGCAAGAGUUAUAGAAUAUGAGGACAACAGGCCCCUCUUAGAUAUGUUCCUGCAGAAACCAAUGGGUUUGUUGUCCCUGCUGGAUGAGGAAAGUCGAUUCCCACAAGCAACAGAUCAGACACUUGUAGAAAAAUUUGAAGAUAAUUUGAAGUCAAAAUAUUUUUGGAGACCCAAAAGAGUAGAUCUAACCUUUGGGAUUUAUCAUUAUGCAGGAAAGGUUCUAUAUAAUGCAAGUGGAUUCCUAGCCAAAAAUAGAGAUACUCUGCCAGCUGAUAUUGUGCUGCUACUGCGAUCAUCUGAAAACAAUCUGACGCGACAGCUGGUAACUCAUCCUCUUACAAAAACAGGUAACCUGGCACACACUAAAAGCAAAACUACAAUCAGUUACCAAAUGUGGACACCCCAGAAAUCAAUCAGUCAUGCAAAGAAUGAAGCAGGAGAUACUGGACAUCAUCCAAGAGAGACAACCAGCAUGAAAACACAGACAGUUGCUUCUUAUUUUAGAUAUUCUCUGAUGGAUUUGUUAUCCAAAAUGGUUGUCGGCCAGCCUCAUUUUGUCAGGUGCAUCAAGCCAAACAACGACCGUCAGGCAAACAAGUUUGAUAAAGAAAAAGUGUUGGUUCAGCUGCGUUACACGGGAAUUCUGGAGACAGCAAGAAUUCGAAGACAGGGUUAUUCACACCGUAUACUGUUCGCUAACUUCAUAAAACGGUAUUACCUCAUCUGUUACAAAACAAAUGAUGAUCCUCCUGUCAGCCCGGAAACCUGUGCUGCCAUCUUGGAAAAAGCCCGCCUUGACAACUGGGUUCUUGGAAAAACCAAAGUAUUCCUCAAAUACUAUCACGUGGAGCAGCUAAAUUUAAUGCGGAAGGAGACAGUUGACAUGAUUAUUUUGAUUCAAGCUUAUGUCAGAGGGUGGCUGGGUUCAAGGAGAUACAAAAAGAUAAAGGAACAAAGGGAACAAAGUGCUAUUAAAAUACAGUCAGUUGCCAGAGGAUACUUACUCAGGAAGAAGAGAAAAGAACUAACUGAGGCAAGAAACAAAGCAGCAGUAACAAUUCAGUCUCACUACAGGGGAUAUAAGGAGAGGAAGAUCUUCAAAAGGAGGAGGGAAUCACUUAGAAAGAAACAAACUGAAAAUGAAAGUCCAGCUGGAGUGAAGAGUGCCCUUCCUAAAACAGAAGAAGAAGAAGCAGCUGUCAUUGUUCAGAGCCAUUACAGAGGCUACAGAGUCCGUAAAAAAAUAAAGGAACAGCACCAAAAAAUAGCAGAGGAAGAAUUAUCUGCUGUGGAAUUCCUUGAAGCACAACUGCAGCCAGCUCAGAAUGAUACACUGGAAGAAGCAGCAGACGAGGAGACUCAAGAUGAAGCUGAUGCUGUUACUGACAGCGAGUGCUCUGGGUACAGUGACACAGGGAACAUACGGGAGCAACAGAAAAUGCCUACCAAAGGAGAGGGAGCUUCUGUGAAGCAGAAUCCUGCAGUAGAACGUGUUGGUGAAGGUGAAGAACAGGCCUCUUUGGAAGAGCUGUCCAGAAAAUCUUCUGUCAAAAUCACAGCUGAACCUGGUGCCCAGCAAGAACAAGGUCAUCAUGACACGCUCAGUGCAGGUGGGCAAGAAUCUGCUGUGGUCCAGCCCAGGACUGACAGGGAUGUGGAAAGAAACCACCUGAAACAUGAAGCAGUGAUGCCUAUGGGAUGUAAAGGAAUUACAAGAAAAGAGUCACUAAGAGGCUCAGGGAAGCAAGUUGAGGCAGAAAAACAAGAUUCAGAAGACAAAGAGAAGGCAGCAGUGGUUAUUCAGAGCAGUUACCGGGGUUACAGAAGGAGGGGACAACUUAGAAAAGAAGGGAAACUACCUUGCAAAAGUCAAGAGAAAACUAUAAAGGAGCCAACAGAAGCAGUGCAUGUUCAAAAUAAUGACCCCCAAACAACAAAAGAUAGGGACAGCACCCAUACAGAGGCUGAAGACUCUAAGACACUGAAGGGAGACUCAGAGAAAGAGGCUUGCGAUUUGGCAGCCUUUUCACGACAGAUAUCAAAAUUAUCCGAAGACUACUUAGCAUUGCAGCAGAAAUUGAAUGAAAUGAUAUUGUCACAUCAGCUGAGACCCGUGAUGCUGUCCAAAGACAAGCAAGCUAAUGGCCGACUUUCUUCUCAUGUUUGUCAGUCAG